GCAAACCACCACUGCAAGAAGAAGAGAAGAAGAGAAGAGACAAGCGAGAGGAUGAUGAUGGCUGGUGUGACCCGUGUUGCUGGCCGGCGGUGGCUCUCUGCCGCUGCUGCCGCAACAGCCACGGCUGCUGAGACCCGCGUCACCACGCUCAACAACGGCUUCCGUGUCGUCACAGAGCAGAACUCCCCACUCGGCUACACCAUCCUCGGCCCCGAGGAGAACAUCAAGUCCAUCUCGCGCGAGGACCUGAUCAAGUACGUGGAGACGUACUACACGGGCCCGCGCAUGGUGCUGGUUGGCACGGGCGGCGUCGACCACGACCAGCUCGUUGCUGCCGCUGAGAAGGCGUUUGGCGGCCUCUCCGCCGACGACAAGGCCCCCGCCGUCACCACAUCCGACUUCCACGGCUCCGAGCUGCGCUUCCGCGAUGACAGCGAGCAGACGGCCAAGUUUGCGAUUGCCGUUGAGGGCGUCAGCUGGAGCGAUCCCGACUUUUACUCCAUGCUCGUCGGCUCAUCCCUUGUUGGCAGCUGGGACCGCAACUUUGGCGGCUCAGCCAACCUGUCGUCCCCGCUUGCCCGCCUCGCUGCGGAGCACUCGCUGGCCCACAACUACAUGUCGUUCCAGACGUCGUACACGGACACGGGCCUGUGGGGCUGCUACGCCGUCACGGACUACGACAAGAUUGAGGACUUUGCCUACGCCCUCACCCAGGAGUGGCUGCGCCUGGCCAACGGCGCGACGGAUGCCGAGGUUGAGCGCGUGAAGCGCCAGCUCAAGUCCCAGCUCAUCUUCUCCGUCGACAGUGCACAGGCGGCCAACGAUGAGAUUGGACGGCAGAUUCUGACCCUGGGUCGCCGCGUCCCUGCUGCCGAGAUCAACGCCCUCCUCGACUCUGUGAGCUCGUCGACUGUGCGGUCUGCGAUGGACAAGUACGUGUACGACCGCUGCCCGGCCGUCGCCGCCAUUGGACCCGUCGAGCAGCUCCCAGACUACAACCGCCUCCGCAGCAACCUCGUCUGGCUCCGCACCUGAGCAUACGCACCAACACACGUCAUCCAACCAACCAACCGUCCAGCCAACCAACCAACCAACAAACACCUUUGGAUCAUCCCCCUUCCUGCUCCCAAACAACCCUUGCAUCCUGCAGCCAAGCUUGUCCCUUCAGCAUCCUCUGUCCUUGCUCUGUGCUAUGAUGUCGCGUUCUGCGUGCUCAUCUGCUGUUGAUGUUGUGGUGCUGUGAUGAGCAUCUUGGUGUUUAUGCAGCUACUGUCGUCGUGACAUCACAUCACACGUGUUUGUUCGUCACUUCACACAUGUGUUUGUUUUUCUGUAUGCACCUCGUCAGUGCUCUGUGCUGCGAAUGCCAUUGCCUGUUGUCGUUGUGAUAAGUGUUUCUGUUGUCGCUUGUUCGGUUUCGUCUAAAGCAUGAAGAGAAGAAGAAUGAAGCAAUAGCGCGUAUGCUCA